CCGACCGACCAACCAAACUCACUGUUCAGUUACCACUUGUUGCUAAAGGUGAAAAGACGUUAUCACGAGUAUAAGACGGUCAACAGACAAUAACGCGCGACAACAGCGAGCGGAACUUCUUAAAUACAGUAAUCAACGUUGUGUUUGUUUAAAUAGCGAUAAAACACCAACAACAUUUCAAUAAAUAAAUUAAUAUUCGCACACAGCACAAGGCAAAAACAAAAACCACAGCAAGAAAUAAGAAUUUUACCAAAGAUAUAGAAUUGGGAAAAUUACUAUGGAACGUACCCAAAGUUGUUCCGAAUCCCAAGAAAAUAUUCACUAUACUGAAACGCAGUCAAACCAGAGUACCAGUGUUGUAGAACAACUACAUCUUCGACCCAAAUCGCAUAAAUGUUCAGAUAAAAUGGAUUUUAACGUUACUACAAAAGUCUUCACAUCCAGUUCCACAUCCAUACCCGCCACUACAACAGUGCGCAAGAAGCGCCUGCAGCGUCAAAAAUCAACCGUAUACAGUGGCGAUGAAACAGAGUAUGCUGCCGAUUUGGAGGAGGAAGAAGACGAAGAGGACGAAGGCUACAGUCCGGCCAGCGAAAGAGAUUUGAGUUUAAAUUUACCUGCCGUUUCGAAUUUAUCCAAUCAGAAGAAGAAGCAAGUGCGCUUUCGCAACAAACAACAGAGUGAAAGUUCACUACAGAUCAGAGCCAUUACACCCAUAGCCACUUUAGAUAAAACAGCCUCCUCCUCAUCCCUGACUUCUUCAUUGACAUCGACAGGUACCACCUCCAGUAGUGGCCAUGAGCGUCGCCUUAAAUCUGAUGGUUCAUAUGACUCAUUAGCAGAAUUGCCUCAAUCCAGUAUUCCGGGUGGUCAUUUUCAAUUGCAUCGAGGUAUUUUGAAACGUGACAAUUCGGUACAUUCCGAUUCCAGCCGUUAUUCCAGUGUUGACAGUUUGCUUGAGGCACGCAAACCUGAUCCCGAAGCCAUUUUAAUUAAUCUAGGAUUUGGUCCUGUGGUCUCGGAUGACAUACUCUCCCGUAUUCCCAAGAGAUUUUUGAAACCCUCCCAAGUGCGUGGCAUUGAUACAGACGCUUUCAUCAAACGCCUACAAUUGGCUCACUCAUUGGCCGAUCACAGUGUCUUGGGUUACAGAGGCUUAACAGGGAAUCCUGAUGCCCCACCCUCACACAUAGUGGCAAAGAUCAUGGAACGUUUUGAGGUGAACGAAAGGAAGAAAUCCCUGACUUCUAUGGAACUGAAACUGCGAUAGUAGCCAAAUAUAUGAUAGCCAAAGUCCAUGCUAAUUUAGAGAAGCUCAAGAUGGGCCCCACCGGUGUCGCAUCAUAUUAAAGCCAUUUGCAAAGUACAAGAUAUUCUUGUGUGAUCAUUUCUUAUUAUAGCUCUAUAGUAUAAAAUAUCUUGUCCCUAAUUAAAAUCGUUUAACUCUUAAUCUAGUUAGUAAAGAACAUUUCCAUAGUUUAAGCUAAUAUGUAAUGCCAGUACUUAAGAUGCAAAGAAGAUGUGUUACUUAAUUUACUUAGUUAUUAUUUUCCAAAAAUAUAUUUUAAUACCAAAA